CAGCAGUAGUUUACUGCACAGAGUAGUAGCAAUGUGCCGCUCCUUGGUGGUGUGUCUGUCGAUCCUUGGCACGAUGGGUGGCAGGACUUUGGGUCGUCGACGAACCAGCGGGUUGAUGGGAGCGUGAAGUGGGCUGAGCCGCUGGCCGAGGAUGAUGUGCGAUGUGUGGGUUUCGUCGCUCACGAAUUUUGGGUGCUCGCGACGAGGGUUCGCAUCUCCCGCGUCCUCACCAUUCUCCCUCUCUUGAUCGCACUGCUGCUGGCUGGUGGCGCGUGCUUCCAUGGUAUGAGCUUGGCUGUGCUGUGAGUGAGAGAGUCUCUGAGGCAGGAGACGGCGGAUUAACUCCAACAUGCACGACGACGAGCGAUACCCCACGGCGAUUGUGACGGAUAACUACGCCUCGUCGGGCCUCGAGGUGGCGCACCAGGAGCAUGUUGACCGUCAGGGGCACGACAAGCUUCUCCCCGAGGAGGAGGAGAAGGCGGUGCAAAGGGGCGACGACGCCGACAAACAAGCAUACUACGGCACGUCAGAAAAGCAGGCAGUCGGGCUGCCGGCGGGGGACGACUCGGCCGCUCCGCCACCACGGACAUGCUGCUGUGGCCUGAAGCGGCGGACGUUACUCAUCGUCGUGGCCGUCGCGGCGGUCGUCAUGGUCGCGGCGGUGGUGGGAGGCGUCGUCGGCGGACUGCGCCGCGCCAGAGGGGACAGUAGCGGCGGCGGCGGCGGCACGGAUAAAGACAACGAUGACGAUGUUCCGCAGCCGACGUGGACGGGCACCGGCCCGGCACCGAUAGCCACGGGCCCGAUCCAGCCCAGCCAGCGCGCCGUGGCGGUGUCGAUGACGAUGUCGAUGUCGACCGCGAAAACGACCAACGACGGUGAGACGCCGGAGCUGCAGCUCUUCUACCAGGACCUGAACACGACGGACGUGUUCCUCCGGCGGAUACGCGACGACGAGGCGCGGCUGGAGCGGCGGGUGGAGCUGACGAUUCGGCCGGACUGGGGCACGGCGCUGGCGGCGGCGGCGGCGGCGUUUAACGGCUCCGGCUCCGGGACGGCGACGGCGACGGUGUGGACGCAGCUCUUUUACGUGUCGAGCGCGGGGCGGACCAACGCCAGCGUCGUGCAGGCGACGCUCGAGUGCGGUGGUGGUGAUGACGGCUGCGCGACGCGCUCCAACUCGGUGGUGUCGGCCAACGUGACGACGCACCGGGUCAAUGCGCGGACGCGGCUGGCGGCCCUGCGCAUUGGCGGUGGUGGUGAUGCCGGAGGCGGAGGUAGCAGCAGCAGCAUUGUGCGCGUCUACUACCAGGCCGAGGACGGGAGCCUGUCGGUGCUCAACGGCGAUAGGGCGGACACUAAAAGCAGCGGCAGCGAAGGAGGAGGAGGAGGAGGAGGAGAGUGGACGACGACGCUGGUACGGACGGGGGUGCACAUGGGCUCGGCCAUUGUGGCGCAUGGGCCGGCCAAGGACGAUUUGAGUGUCUACUACAUUAACAGUACGAAUCAGCUGCAGUUUCUGGAGUAUAGCGACAUAUUGGGGCCGAAUCGCGCCCAACCCGUCAAGACAGCCCCCGGGUCGUCGUGGGACCCCUCCGUCUCCAUGGCCGGCGUCUUCGUCCCGGGCCUCAGCCCGCGGCGCCUCUUCUACGCGCGGCCCUCCCGCGGCACCAUGGUCGCCUACUACAAGCCCGUCGACGACGCCGGGGCCGACUUCCGCUCCAGCAGCGACCCGGACUGGGGCACCGUCGACGGGGGGCUCGCCGCCGCCGCCUGGGCCCGCCAGACGCGCGUCUACUACUUCCAGGGCAGGGACCUCGUCGUCUCGGCCCAGAACGGGACGCGCUGGCAGAAGCCCAAGGUGCUGUCGUAGGCAGGCAGGGGAGGG